AUGUUCACAACAAACAUUUGCCAUUUUUGUGCUUUCUUUUCUGCAUUCUUACUAAAUUUCACAUUUGCUUCGAUAUUGAAUGAAGGAAACAUUGUCAACUUGACAAUAAACAAAUUUGAUGAACAAAAUUCCAUCAGUUUAUUAAAGUAUAAUAUAAGUAACAGGGAUCGAAAAGACCUAAAUAAUUGGAUCGAAAAAGAAUUACAAGUCUCAAAUGAAUAUAUCCUAUUAAAUAUCAGGACUAAUCACUCAUUAAACAAUCAGCUCAAUUUUCAUCCGUUUCAGAAUGAUAUUAAUUUUGGUGUCAGUGUCGCAUCAAAUUCUCGUUUUGAACCAAACUAUUUUUUCCAAUGGAUAAGAGACUCCUCCAUUACAUCCCUGUAUUUGUCUUCUUUCGGUUUGUCUUCAAAAAAUUUUACCCUUUAUAACCUUCUAUCAUUAGAAUAUAUAAACAAUUCUAAAUUAUUACAAAGAAUCAACAAUAAAUCCGGCACCUUUUCUUCCUUUGCAAACUGGUCGAAUCUAGGUGAACCCAAAUUUUAUUGUAACAAUACCAGUUUCGAUUUGGAAUGGGGCAGACCACAGAACGAUGGUCCAGCACUAAGAUUGAUUGCAAUUUUGACCUACCUUACAAAAGCAGAGCUUCAUACCGCUAUUGAUCCCGAUUUAAAACACUCUAUCCUCGAUGAAAUCUGCCAAUUCGAUAUGAAAUUCGUCUUGAAAAACUGGAAUCUACCAAGUUUCGAUCCUUGGGAAGAAGUUUACUCUUUCCAUUUCUUCAACAACAUGGUCCAUCUCUAUUCACUAAGAUUGUAUCAAUCUCUUGUUCCAAAUAACCCUGAUUCAAAUUCCAUUAAUGAAACAAUCCACUAUCUGGAAACUUUUAUUAAAAAUAACUAUGUGGAUUCAAAACACAAAAUCAUUAUUGAAACCCUGGGCAUACGAAAAAUGAGACAAUCCCAAGUAGAUAUUGCAGUUAUAAUAGCUUCAUUGAUUACCCAUCCGUUAGAUUUCUUACAAUUAGAUAUCGAUAUACCAUUUGAUGUUGAUGAUUUACUGAUUUUGAACGUUCUUUACAGACUGAUUCAAGAUAUGAAAUUGUUAUACCCAAUCAAUUGGAAUAAAAACGUCUCUGGUGCAGUGGCAUUAGGUAGAUAUCCUGAAGAUAUUUAUGAUGGAAUUGAUGUCUCUGAAGGUAAUCCCUGGUUUUUGGCCACCUGUCAAGGUGCAAAUAUUUUAUAUCGAUUAAUUAAAUCAUUGAUUGAUAAGAAGCACAAUUUAAAUAUUGUAUUAGAAGAAAACACUUUUUGGAAUCUAUUCUUCCAAUUAAAUUCUUCAAUUCCCAAUAACAAUAAUAAUAUUACUUUAAUUUAUAAAUCUGAUGCAUUUAAUAAUACAUUAAAACAAAUUUUCAAUUUUGCUGAUGGAUUUAUUCAAAUUGUUCAAACACAUGUCAACUCGUGUGGUGAGAUGAGUGAACAAUUUAAUAAAUAUACUGGAUAUCUAACUGGUGCAGCAAACUUAACCUGGUCUUAUGUCGAAUUUGUCAAUGCGGUAAAGGCUAGAGAUACAAUAUUACAUUAUUUUAUAUAG